AUGGCCAUAAACCACACUAGCGAAACCCAGUUAGGAUGUUGGAUCGAGACUUUGGAAGAUAUAUUCCACUUACUCUUUGAGAGUGGAAUGUGUUCGGAGGACGAUGCCCGUAUCUUCUGGAACCUUGUCACUGGCUUCCACUCUGACCAUGCUGCAGACCAGAAGAAACUUUUCGAGCUGCUCAGGAGGUGGAAAGAAAAAUGUGACCGUGAAGUACGUGGAGAACGAGCAAUGAAACGGCUCACUGACCUGGAAUAUGCAUGCCUAAUUUUCCAAGGCUCGCAAACACUUGUACAACAGGUUGGCGGACCAGCUACCUGGGAAGCACUCACUACUACAGAACGUUCGCGUCGUCUUGAAGCUAUGCGGAACCAGAUUAUACACGACAUGGGAGAAGCCGAAUAUGCAAAACUUUCGGAAGCAGAGAAGGCUGAGGUUGACUUCUUUCUAUGGGCUGGGUGCUGCAUGCACAAGGAAAUGAAUGCCUUCAAGGGUGGGUGCAUUGGUUUAGACGAGUUUUGGAAGCAGCAUCCAGAGCUCGAUCCACCAAAGCUCCUACCAAAUCGUGAUAAUGCUGCCGCUAUCAGUAAAGCUACAGGAACCGAGGCGGCUGAUUGA